AUGAGCAAGAAUGCUUCGUACGUGUUGUUUGACCGGGGUUCGUACUACGAGUGUCAGAGUGUGUGUGGCACGUAUGAAUUCGUGCCGGGUACAGAGGAGAAAAUUGGCGAGGAGGAGGUGGACGUGCUGAACAAACGGGAGAAGAUCAACCGGGCUAAGGAGUUGGCCGCGGCGCGACGAGUGUCAGCCAAUAUGGCGGCAGCUGCGCGGGCAUCUGACGAUGAGGAGCCGCCGGCUGCACGAGGCGUAAAGCGGAAUCAUUUCAGUUACUAUGACGAGGAUGACGACGACAUUACUCCAGCCUUGCCCGUGGGUGACGCGAAAGUAAAAAAAGCGGUAGCUCGCAAGAAGAAGGCCCGAGACCUGGACAACCAGGCCCAAGCUAAGUCGUCCACUUCGCUCGGACAAAUUAGGAAGGCCGAGGUCGACUGGGACUUCGAGGAGGGCGACGCCUCUGACGACGAGGAAGGCGCAGCACUCAGCGAAGAGGAAGUCGAGGACAAAGCCGCCGCCGAAGACGUCGAAGACUCCGAAGACGAAGAUAAAAUGCUCACCAACUACGGCGAAAGCUUGAGCAAAAUGCUCCAAAACCAAAAGCGCGCGCAAGCCGACGAAGAACUACAGAAGUACAGCGAUGAUGACGACGACGACGAUAAAAAGGAAGAUGGCGCAUCCGGAGCCGGACCCAAAAGACCGUCGCGACCCGUCCUAAGCCAAGUGCCCGUCACCAACCAGGUGCAGACCGAAGAAAAGGUCAAGGACGACUUGCUGAACCUAUUACGGACCAAGGAAAAUGUAACAAUUAAGAUGGUUCUCGUUGAACUUGGGGUUUCAGCUCGGAAUUCCAAGUUCCAGCUCAUCAAGAGCCUCAUUUCCGAGCUCUGUGACAUUAUCACAACCACCGUCGAUGGCGAACAGGUGCGGUACAUAAAGUUGAAAGGCAAUUAA